AUGGGUAUGAACCGUCCCCCACCACACCAGGCAAGUAUCCUCGGGCUUAAUCCUUGGACUGUCCCGCCCCCGCAGUCAGCGGGGUGGUCGAGCAGCGGCGGCGGUGGGAGCAGUGCCGCCGGCGUGCCUGCGUCCCACAUUAUCCACGCGUCGCCCGACGGUCUGCAGCAUCCCAUGAGCGUCGGGAGCCUCGAUAGUGUCACGUCUCCCCCCCUUGGUUUUCCGACGCGUCCCCGCCUCCGCCCAUCAACCACCCUCGUCGACUACCUCGAGCCCCACCUGGGCGCCGAGGACAGCCGGCCCAUCACCCCUCAGCACGGCGUGACCGAGUCACCCCACACCCUCGACACGGACCGCGGCCACGAGUCGACACUUAACUUUGGCGUUGUCGUCAGCCCCAUCGGCUCGGGCCUCGUCUCGGAGAACGAAGCAAAGUAUCUUUAUCAGCAGUUUCUAGAUCGCGUGAGCCUCACGAGCGGCAUGUUCGACCCUCAGUACCACACGUAUGCGCGUGUGAGUGGGUGGAUGCCGCUCUUCACGGCGUGCAUUUAUGCGGCGUCGCGGUACUUUCGCCCCGCGCUCUCCGACCAGCUUUUUGUGCUGGCCAGCAACAAUAUUUCCAAAAAGGUCCAGAACGGCGAUGUCGACGUCCCCCUCAUUCAAGCCCUCCUCGUCCUCGUCACCUGGAAGGCACCCAGCGACCGCACGUCGUACAUCAAACUCGGGCUGGCCGUCAGGCUCAUGUUCCAGCUCCGCCUCGAGUUCCCGGCCGAAGUGGUCCCUCUCACGUCGUCAGACGACGAGUCACGCCGCCUGGUCGAUGCCGAGAGAACCGUGUGCAGGCUCGAUCUGUCUUACUCCCUCAUGUUCCAGCUUCCCGCGGGGUGUCACCCCUCGAUGCUGCCGACUGAGGCUCAGCUCGAGCGAUGGGCCGAUAGCCACAAGAGCCACAAGGUCCCCGGUGACGCGUUCAAGCCAUUCCUCUCAAGCUUGUGGGAGUACCACGAAGACACGGCGACAUAUCCGCGCACCAACCUUGAUCUCAAACACGCCCCGUGGACAUGGGAGGCCAAGGAACGCCGGAUGUACGAGAACCUCGACAAGAUGAGAAAGAACCCCGAGAUCCAAGGCGUCCUGCGCAUCUCUGGAGAAAUUCUUGGCAGAGUACAGAUUCUCAAGAUCGUGGCCAUUGGACUGCUGCAACACGGCAACCAGGCGCGUGGCAGGGCCGCCCACAUCCUCUCCCUCACCGAGGACGUCAGCGUGUUUAUCAAGCAGCUCUUCGAGACUGGCGACAUUAUUUUCUGGUCCGAUCUCUGGAGCUACGCCCUUCUUCUACCCGGCCUCCUCCUCCACUGUGCUCGCCACCUCUUCGGACCGGACGAAGUGGCGCGCGCCAAAGUCUUCUGCAAUGAAAUGUGGCGCGUGUUUGACCAAGUCCCGCGCGAGUUCGGCGACCAUCCGCUCAGGUACAUUGAGCGUAGUUAUCGGAGGCUGUAUGGGGCGUUUUACAGGCUUCAGAAGGGCGGCGAGGAGCCACAGAGCGAAGAAGCGGGCAGUGGCCCGCUCUCGGCCCCGUAA